GACGCCUGCCUCAACCAAAUGUUGUAACCAUCCACCUGUCUCCCAAACUGAUAUUUUCUGAAGGAGCAUCUAUCUCCCACUCAGAUCAUCUUGCCCUCCUGGAACGAAGGGGUAGAGAGCCAUUCACAAAGAAACAUCACAGGAAGAAGGGGAUGGAGCAGCAGGUCUGAGUUCAGCUGACGAGGAGAACACAGGACAAUGGGGAUGUUCCUGCCUGGGGAUCAUGGGCUGCUCCUUGGGCUCUGGAACUCUCUGUUGCGCAGGUUUCAGAGUGAAAAAUCCUGGACCAGACGCCUGGAUGAAAUCAACUUGCUGCAGCAGAAAAGGAUCUGGGAGUCUCCCUUGCUCCAGGCUGCCAAGGAAAAUGAUGUCCAAACCAUCCAGAGACUUCUCACCUGCCAUACUUGUGAUAUUCAUCAAAGAGGUGCCCUGGGGGAGACAGCUCUUCAUGUGGCUGCCUUGUAUGAUAGUAUGGAGGCUGCACAGAUUCUGAUGGAUGCAGCUCCAGAACUUGUCAAUGAAGCAAUGACAUCAGAAUUCUAUGCAGGGGAGACUGCUCUCCACAUCGCUGUGGUGAAUAAGAACUUCAAACUUGUGAAGGCAAUGCUUGAGAAGGGGGCUGAUGUCAACAACCCACGGGCCACCGGCUAUGUCUUCAGACCCAGCAGCCACAACCUCAUCUACUUUGGGGAGCAUAUCUUAUCCUUCGCAGCCUGUGUAGGAAGUGAGGAGAUCGUCCAGCUGCUCAUCAAACAUGGAGCCAACAUCAGAGCACAAGACACCUUGGGGAACACUGUUCUCCACAUCCUAGUUCUCCAACCCAACAAGAUCUUUGCCUGCCAGAUGUACAACUUCCUUCUCUCCUAUGACAAGAGCGAAAGGGAGCUGGGAGCCCUGGACUUAAUCCCUAACAACGAGGGGCUCACUCCAUUCAAGCUAACUGGGGUUGAGGGCAACACUGUGAUGUUCCAGCACCUUAUGCAGAACAGAAAGCACAUCCAAUGGACCUUCGGCCCCCUGGUCUCCACCCUGUAUGACCUCACAGAGAUCGACUCGUGGGGAGAUGACCAAUCUCUCUUGGAACUCAUUGUCACCACCAAGAAAAGAGAGGCCCGUCGGAUCCUGGACCUGACCCCUGUGAAUGAGCUGGUGAGCCUGAAGUGGAAUAAAUAUGGGCGUCCCUAUUUCUGCAUCCUGGCCUUAUUCUACGUGCUGUACAUGAUUUGCUUCACCAUGUGCUGUGUCUAUCGACCUCUAAAACGUCGACAGAGCAACAAAACACAUGAAAGGGACAACACCAUCUACAUCCAGAAACUGCUGCAGGAAUCUUAUGCGACUCCUGAGGACAAUCUGAGGCUGGUAGGGGAGCUGAUCACAGUGAUAGGAGCCAUAGUAAUAUUGAUCCUUGAGAUUCCAGAUAUCUUCAGAGUUGGAGUCACCAAGUACUUUGGACAAACUAUUCUAGGAGGACCUUUCCACAUCAUCAUCAUCACCUAUGCCUGUAUGAUCUUGGUGACCAUGGUGAUGCGACUCACCAGCACCACUGGAGAGGUGGUCCCCAUGUCCUUUGCCCUGGUGCUGGGCUGGUGCAACGUCAUGUACUUCGCACGAGGCUUUCAGAUGCUGGGACCCUUCACCAUCAUGAUACAGAAGAUGAUAUUUGGAGAUCUCAUGCGCUUCUGCUGGCUCAUGGCAGUGGUGAUACUUGGCUUUGCAUCAGCUUUUUACGUCAUCUUCCAGACUGAAAACCCUGAUGAACUGGGCCACUUCUAUAACUACCCCAUAGCUCUGUUCAGCACCUUCGAGCUCUUCCUCACCAUCAUCGAUGGGCCCGCCAACUAUGAAGUGGACCUGCCCUUCAUGUACAGCAUCACCUACUCCGCCUUCGCCGUCAUCGCCACCCUCCUCAUGCUCAACUUGCUCAUCGCCAUGAUGGGUGAUACCCACUGGCGCGUGGCCCACGAGCGGGACGAGCUUUGGAGAGCACAGGUUGUUGCCACUACUGUCAUGCUGGAGCGGAAACUCCCACAAUGCCUCUGGCCUCGCUCUGGGAUCUGUGGGCAGGAAUAUGGCUUGGGGGACCGCUGGUACCUCAGAGUGGAAGACCGAUGUGAAGGCAGGCAGCACAAGAUGCACCGCUACAUGGAAGCAUUUAAGUUCCAGAUCACAGAAGACUUUGACAAGUACUCCCAGAACAAACAGGAGCUGGAGGACGACAAAGACACAGAGGCUCCGUACAGGAAGAAGACCCCUUGCAGCACUCCAGCGGUGUCACCAAGCCUGUCCCGGAGGAGCUCCAGCCAUGGCUGGGACAUCCUGAGGCACAGCACCCUAGGGCAGCUACAGGGCCAUGUCAACCUUCCCAUGGAGAAGGAAGAGGAGAUCUACCAUGUCUGAGUGACUGCUCGUCUGCCUCUGUGCAGUGAGUGAUCCCUCUCUCCUGCCAGUGGUAAAGGCCAUGUUCUGGCAUGGACACCUUGUAGUAGUCAACAUCCUAUUGCCUGCACUCCCAUAUGGACGGCUCACUCCACAGCAGCUCUCUGUGGGGCUAAAUGGAGUGCCUGGGGUGUGUGAGGACAUUGGGCUGGUCACCCACUGCAUGAAUGUAAACACACACAUGGAAAAAAAAUCCCUGAUGCAUGAUAGUGCAUGUUCCCACCAGCCCAGCCAAGGCCAUUGGGAUUUGAACUGGAUCACUAACUUCUUCCCCAGCAACCUGGACCAUUCAAGAGGAAAAAUGUCAUGGCAUUACUGCUAAAAUAUAUUCACUAGUGCAAACGUGUACCAGUGCCCUCUAGUGGAGGCCUGUGGAAGGUGCAUCUGCUACCAUGGUAGCGGUAGAGACUGAAGCAUCUCCUUAGCAUCUCAUGGUGAUGCCUGUGUUUUUGGCACUGAAGGUGCUAGUUUGGUCUCAGAUGGUGUAGAUUUGACUGGCAAGCAUAGUGUGUGUAAAUCUGGAUGGGUUGUGCUCUGAAUUCCCAGACACUUUGGCAAGCAACAGAGAGAUUUUCUAGGCAUGGGCUUGCUGACUGGUUCCAGUGCUGAUGCUUUUUUAUCCUCACACUGUCUUUGUGCUGCUGUGAAUUUCUUGUCCCCUCCUCUUCCCCCCCCACCCCCAGCUCAAAGAGCCCCUGGAUUAUUUUUGUAUUUAGUUCUAUUUACAUUUCAAUCCGUGUUUUUUUCUCUCUCCCUCUGUUAAAGAUAAAUUAAUAUAUUUAACUACUUCAGUGCAUUGAAAGGUCUGAACUGUGAAUUUUACUUGGAGUAAUGUAGACCUCUCCCUUUAAAAGAAUUCUUCCCCAGUCGCUUUCUGGGUCCAGCUUUCAGUCUGUUUAUUACCUUUAAAGAAAUGGACUCCUGCCCCAUUCUCAGCUGACCAUGGGACUUCAGUCCAUGCAGGGUUAAUGUCUGCAACAGCCCAGCCUUUCAAACUCCACCCCCGGGCCUGGGUGUUGGGGAGUGGUUUGCUAUAGAAUGGUAGGCUGUACUGCAAGGGGCUAGCAGAGGGGCAUGGAUGGGUCAGGACAUCUCAUCCUGCAGCGGCACAAGAGAAGACUUAUUGAUACAAGGCCCCUGAAGUUUUCUGCCUACCCAUGCCCCAGUGCUUUUAUAAAGCCCUGAAAUCUGGGCUCAGCUCCACCCUUUAAUAUAGAUCUAUACAGGGGCACCCACAUGUCUCCUCUUGGCUCCCAAAGGCCCUGCCCCUUACCCAAGGUGAAGAUGUGUCAGCAGGCAAGUACUAGCCUAUCAGAGGGGGACACAACUUGCCUCCUGUAGACUUCGUCAUGCUAGAGUGACUUUGUUUUACUGCCAGAUAAUGCACUUUAUGGUGAUUCCCAGAGUAUGUGUUCCCUGGGAGCUCUCCCUCCUGUUUAAAGAUCAGAGAUAUGAUUGGUUGGGACUGGUUACUUCCUCUGGUUGUAGGCCAUGGCUGAUUGAUCUUGGUUGGUCCCUUCUUGAUGGGGGAUUAUGAAAGGUGUUAAAUGUGUAUGUAGAUCCAAUGGCCUGUUUGGAGUUCAAUUU